AUGGCGGUACGUCAACACGCCACGGCGACUGGUGAGGCCGCAGCAUCCGCCACCAGCGCAUCGGCAUCCUCGCCUGGUAUCUCUUCUUCAUGUGGCGACCUCGGCGGCGACGAUGGCAUACGUAUUGACCCACGUCGCCUCCCGAGCACCAUCCCUGGCAUCACGCAGGAGGAGCUAGCGGCGCGUAUCGUGCAAUACCACUCACAGCAGUCAAAGCUGGCGCAAGAAAUGUCGAGCAAAGCGCUAGCGCAUGAUGUGGAACUCAUGCGUCGGUCGCUGUCACCAAGCUCCUUUGCCGAGUACAUGGCGCGUCUGGAGAAGGAGCAGCAGGCGGCGUUGAAAGAGGAAGCGAAGAUGGCUGCUAUGUCUCCAGUUGAGUUGCACCAGUACCGGCAGAGGAAGCGCCGGCAGGCGGUCCGGUACGAGUGGUACAAGACCCUUUUGGUGCUUGUCGCGAUAGCUGGCAGCAUCACCUUCCUCUUCUCUUUGUUUAUCUUCUUCAAGUAA